GGGGCGUGGCUUGGAGGAGGCAUGUGGGGGCCGCUCUGCCUCCUCGCCGCCCCCGUCUCUCUUCCGCGGCGCUCCUCGCCCAGCUUCGCCGCCGGACGGAGGUGGGAUGCGGCUCCUCCGAGGCAGGGCCGCCCAGCCUUCUCUCUCCAGAGUCUACCACCCUGUGAAGGCUUGCCUAGGCUUUAUUUGAAUCCCUGAGUGGACCACAGAUGUGUCACUUAAGGCCCUGACUGACUGGUAAAUCUGGAGAACACCAUCCAGAGAAGCUUCAUCUUCUUCCAAGACAACCCUUCAAGAUGUGGGUGGCUCUUGUUUCCUGCUUCCUAAUUUCCCUGUGUGUGUCUGAAAAUGGGAGCUCCGUUUUAAGGGAGAGCGGGGCCAGAGUAAAACACAUACAUCUCACUAGUGCAAAGCACUGUGAACAAGCUUGUAAAGGCCUCACGGCUUCAGGUCAUCGCUAUUGCUGGUCAGUGAUUUAUCAGAGCCGCUGUGUCCUCCUACGAUGUCCCCAGCUGAGUGCAUGUCAGAAUGCCAGCACACAGGAUAUCAAAGAACUAAUGGGAGAAUUCGUGAUCCGUAAAAGAAGAGACCAUGAUGUAUCCCAUAAUAUGAAUUAUACAGUAAAUUCCAAAGAGAGGCUGAAUAGCACAGAGUUGAAUGAGAAAAAUAUAGAAGUGCCUCUUUUAUCAGCAACUCAGGCAAAGUCAACAACAGAAGGCACUACAAUCCACACAACAUCAACAACUAAAUCUAUUAUAAACAAAGUUACUAAUGCCAGUUCUGUAAAAACUACCAUUUCCCAAGAUAGGGUCGAAGCAACAGCCAUAAGCAAUAGCACUAACAACAAAACCACCGAGCCACAGAAUGUAAGUGUCAACAAUACAAAUAUGAAACCAGGCCCUGGCAUCUCCACUAACACCACAUUAGCUAACACAUCUUCGCUUUCAGGAAAUAAUACUAAUAACGUUAAGAAAGCUGAAAGUACAAAAGGGGUGAAUGACAGUACCUUGACUCAAGGAGUAGUUGAGAGAAUAACGCCAACCAAUAUUCUUCUAAGGACUACUGCUGCUACACCUCUUCCCCCAACAGCAGCACAUUUUGUGCUGUCCACAUCUCCCAAAAUAGUGACACCCAGCACUUCUGCACCAGAAAACAUGCCUACAGGUGCAGUCACCCACAAUCCACCAUUAACUGCCAUGAACAUACCUAUAACAACUGCAAUGCCAACUAUAGGAACAACAGCCAAAGCAACAACCUUUGCAUCAACAGUAAAGUCAGCUGAAUUCACAAUGGUUGUGACAGAUAAGACAAAGACUUCUGUAAGUGUAACUCCAGUUGUCACCACAAAGGGUGCUGAAAUAUUCACUACUACACAGCAAAUGGGGCCUUCCAAUCACCUGGUGGAGGCAACACCUUCUACACAUCCCUUGGUACUGUUAACAACUAAAAGUCCACCAACUCCAUCUAAAUCAACAACUGUAGAAGAUGGCAAAAAUCAGCUGGACAUAAGUAUUGAGAACAGAUACCGGGAAGUAGAUUUCACCUUGCUCUUAGCAGUUCUUCUCUUUGGAGUCCUGUUCUUUAUAACAAUUGUAGUUCUAUUUGCCAUACAGGCCUAUGAGAGCUAUAGGAAGAAAGACUAUACUCAAGUGGACUAUCUAAUCAAUGGAAUGUAUGCAGACUCAGAGAUGUGAAAGCAAUUGAGAUGGAAAGGACGAUGCUGAAGGUAUACAGCCGUUGUUGAAGCAAGUAGAAAAGCCCCAGGUGGCUUGUCUUUCCAUUCCUUGUUAAGCCUCUAAGACCAACUGAAAGUGCUUCCAAAUUACUUUUGGUGCAAUGUAGGAAAAAUGCCAUGUAUUCUACUUCUUAAAGUAUUUUUUAGCACAUACACUUACAGGUUGCCAUGGAUAUAUCGUUCCUCAAACUGCAGCAUCACUUGUAUUGUACUUGUUUUAGCUGCCAUUGCCAAGGGCUGCAACUACUGAGGGGGACCGUUUUUCCUUCUAAAUUCUCUUGAAGCCCUACCUACUUCUGUGAAUGAAUGGUUUAAAAAGGUGUUCCUCCUUUUCAAAAACAACAAAUAGUAGUGGCAUUCCUGACACUUGCAUAACUCUUAGGGACCGUGUUGACUUCUAGUAAUCCAAAUAGCUGACCAAGAAUAAGGUUCUUGCAGAUAGCCUAACCUCAAAUCGUGCCAAACGCAACAAACCAUGGCUUUGCAUAACUUGUGAUCUCUUUAGUUAUGGUACAUUUCUCUUCCCUUCUAGCUACAGUAGUAAAAGACCCACGGGAGGAAGCUGUUGGCUCAACAUGCAGCCUAAGAGCCAGUGCUUGCUCAUGUUUAGAAAGAAUCAAAAUCCUCUAUAAUUACCAAGCAUUCCUAUUGUUCCCUGUUUGGAGGGGGGUGGGGGUGGAGCAGUCAUCUUGUCUCAGUGACCUCUUGGCUUGUUGAAAAAAAUCUAUUUAAUAGACUCUGUUAAUGCUGUGCUGUUUCCUAAUCAUGGUGAUUCUUCCUUGAGGGGCUUUGCACCUUUAUAUAAUUUUAUUUUUGUACUCAUUCACUUAAUAAAUGAGGCCUGGAAGGCA